ACGUGUAGUAGUUCCUUUCUCACAAGAGCCUCAGUCGUUGGGUUGUUUUAAGCAGGUACCUCCUCUUAUUGUCUGUACCCUUUUCACUGCAAUAGUCCAUAUCAUGCUCUCAUUUAUAUCCACUCUUCGCUCCUGUCAAGUAGUUUUCUUGGUGGAUUGACUGGGAAACUGUUGUCACAGUGUAAUCAUACAAGCAGAAAGCCAACUUCACUUUCAGCUCACCAUGUCUAACGAGCCCAUCCAAAACCAACAUGAAGGGGCCUACAUGUCCCUGAUGAGAGGCUUGAGAGAACUGGACCUACGGGGCCCCUGUGUUCCCAGUAACCUGGUUCUGAUUGGAGAUCAUACCUUUCCUUUAGCAAUGAACAGCAAAGGCCAGGUCCUGAUGGCUGCCUCUCUGUAUGGCUGUGGAAGGAUUGUUGUCCUGGGUCAUGAAGGCUACCUGACUGCCUUUCCUGCUCUGGUAGAGAACGCUCUGACCUGGCUGAGAGGGGAUGGGUCUGACAACUUGUCUGUGGGGGUCCACAAAAACAUAAAGGCAGUGGCUGAUAACCUCAGCAGAUCCAGCUUCCAAGCCAAAGUUGUGGGUGCCUUUAGUAAUGAUCUGGAGGUCGGUGUGUAUGUGACUGAUGCCUACAGCGUGGGUGCAGACCCAAAGGACCUGGUGGCAUUUCUGAAAGCUGGAGGAGGAGUGCUGAUAGCGGGGCAGGCAUGGCACUGGGCUGCAAACCACCCUAAGGAGAACACACUGCUUCAGUUUGAAGGGAACAAGGUUUCUGGUGUGGCAGGGAUCUACUUUUCUGGGCAUCGGGGUGAGGCACAGUGCCUGCCUGUCUACCCACAGAUCCCAUCCUCCUGGAUGGCUGUAGUAAUCGGUAAGGACUUUGAGGAUGACUUGGAGUUCCUACUCCAGGGGAUCACAGAGUUUGACCUCGAGAAUGGGGUAGUAGCUUCUGAGGCUCUGAUCCACGGCCCACUAGCCUUCCCCAUUGGUACCACAGAGGAUGGACGAGCAUUCUUGGCAGGAGCCUACUAUGGGCAGGGACGGGUUGUUGUGAUCACCCAUGAAGGACUUCUAAAAAGAGAGACACUGGCUCCACUUUGGAACAAUGCCAUUCGUUGGCUGGAUGAAGGCCGGCAGGGCAUUGUUGGUGUAGCGCCAGACCUCGACCAAGCCUUUAAACUCUUCAGCAAGUCAGAGUUUAAUUGUGAGAAGACAAACUUCAGGGAGGACCUCAGUGUAUUUGUCUGUACAGCAUACAGCGAUGAACAUCUGGAGGAAAUCCAGGACUUUGUGGCAGAGGGAGGAGGCCUGCUGAUUGGUGGACAUGCCUGGUACUGGGCACAGACACACAAAGGGCAAAACCCAAUGACAGAUUUCUCAGGAAACAAGAUCCUUAACAAGAUGGGCUUGAGCCUGCUGGACAAGAUUAUUAGAGAAGGUUCCUACAAGGCCCCUGUGCCAAGCCAGGCCAUCAAAGACACCUACCACUUCCGCCACCUUCUACACCGCUUUGCUGGUCAUGUAACCCAGGGGGAGCAACUUACAGAGCAUGAGGAGGAAUGCCUUAAAAAACUGGGUGGGGACUGUGCCAACUACUUGCACAUGAAGGCCCAUGACUGCUCCUCCUAUACACAAGUGGUGUCCACUCUCACCAACAUCUUGAAGAAGACGGGCAUGCCACAGGUCUGUGACAGCUGCCCUGCGAAGAGUCCCAAAGACCACCUACUCCUAAGUGUAGGGACAGAGGUAUAUAAGGUUUGCAAAGAUCCUGAUGCUCUCCUGCCCUACCUCAUCAAGCAUAACCCCAUGAUGCCAGUUGUCUACAACCAGAGAAUCAAGAUUAAUGUGAACACAGCAGGAGAGGAGGAGUGGAUUAGUACAGGUCUCUACCUCUCUCCUGGUAUGAAGACCUAUGUGGCCAUACCAGCAGAGCUUGUCAACAAGGGAUGGAAGAUCCAGAUAGGCUGUCAAACAGACAGACUGAAUGCUGCAGAGUUGAAGAGAGCACCAUGUGUUCACGAGCGAUUCCCUGUUACCUCAGAGAUGGUGCAGGUGUGGAACCUGUGGGGGGGACUCAUCUACCUGGUAGCCCCACCCAAAACACAAGUGGACGGUGUAGAGGUCAUAGUGCAGAUGGCUGUACCUGCACCAUAUUAUAAAUCAGGUGUAACCACGGUUGCAGACUGGUCGUUGUUGCGCACAGCUCCUUCACCCUGGGCAGAGUUGGAGUUUGACAACAUCAUCCUUACAGUACCAUCAGAUGUUGUUCGGGACCUGGAACGCCCCGAUGAGUUGGCAGCGCACUGGAAUGACAUCAUGAGGGCAAUUGCUGAUCUCGCUGCCAUCCCACACAAACUUCCUCGCAAAGAACGUUUUGUAACUGAUGUGCAAAUUUCCCAUGGUUGGAUGCAUGCAGGUUAUCCUGUCAUGACCCACAAGUCCGCAGCAGCUGCCCUUGUCAGCAUUGACCAUGCUAGGAGUAAAGGCCUCUGGGGCCCCAUCCACGAGCUUGGACACAACCAACAGAGAAGCUGUUGGGAGUUCCCUCCACACACCACAGAGUGUACAUGCAACCUGUGGUCAGUGUAUGUGCAUGAAGAAGUGCUGGGGAUCAACAGGGCACAGGCUGCCACAAUUAUGGCCCCGACAAAAAGGAAGGCUCAUGCAGAAGAGUAUGUUAAGGGGGGCAGAAAACUCAGCAGCUGGAAUGUGUUUGUGGCCCUGGAGACAUAUAUACAGCUCCAAGAAAAGUUUGGCUGGGAUGCCAUUAAGAAGGUGUUUGCUGCCUACCACAAGAUGAGCAACUUUCCAAAGGACAACAAAGGAAAGAUGAACCUGUACGCUGAGACUUUCUCCCAGACUGUGGGAAUGAACCUGGCUGGAUUCUUUAAGUCCUGGGGUUGGCCCAUCGAAACAGCCACUGAAGAGAAACUCUCCAACCUGCCCCCCUGGAGUGACCACCCUAUGGUCCAAUAUGGCUGAACUUCAGACUUCUGCUGAUUUAAAGUGUAGAGAGAUGGGUUCAAUGAGUACAGAAUUCCUGACUACUCAACUGAUUAUCUAUUCAGUGGGAAAUUCAAUUAACUGACUUUUCUUUUUUGUUGUUCUUGUAUUGUACUAUACUUAUUGAAAAUAUGUUUACAUAGUUGGUUUGAAAAAAUAUAUAUUACAAAGAUUAUGACUUAGAGGGGGAAAUACUGUAGGGCAGUUGUUAAAUACUUUCAUGCCACUAUACCAAAAACCAAGAGGUCAUUGAAUGAACACUGGCACUGUAACCUCUGCUGUAAACUUGGUGGGGUAAUAUAAUUUAGUAUAAGCCAUUCAUAAAAAAGAGGGUUUUGGUUCAGAGACAAAACACUGAUACUCUUAGGCUUGGCAGACAUGGAUUUGACCCAAUUGUAGGCCUGAAUGUGUUGCCCAGACUAAUUUUAGAAUCCUGCCUGAUUAAUCAUGUAAAUGACCGGUUGGAUUUCUGGCAUGUCAGAAUGUCUGGUCAUGAACAUGACUGCUGUCUAAAGAUCUAUUAGGUGGUUUGAAUGUUAUUGGUGCAUAUAUAAGUAUUUUAAAUUACAUGUUGUUGCUUGAACUCUAGUUUUCACUGCAGUAAUAAAACAAAAACAGAAAC